CGGACAGACAUAACAGAGACAGAGGAUGAAGAGGGGUGAAGAUUAACGUGUAUCAUGAAGGAAAGGAUGUGGUUAGUCACCAUCUGAAUGGACCGACCAAGAUAGCCGUUCACGCGCACAGUAGACGUCGAACUAUUAAGUGUGAGGAAGAUGGAAGAAGGUACCAGGGACCGCACGACGAAAACAUGCUCCAGCUCCAAAUUCUGGAUAUUUGUAUUUGGGACCGUGGCAGUGACACUGUUCCGAGUUGCACAGGGCAUGGGUUGGGCGCUGCGACCGGGUGAGAAGUGGGAAAAGUACUCCGUGGAGACAAACCCGGAUAGGAGCAACGUGAUCGUCGGGACUCUGGUGGGGUUGUUCGUCUCCAACCUCGUCUUCUCCGCCGCUUGCCUCCUCCGCCUUGAUUUCGCAUCCAUCGAGGCUCUACACGGAACUUUGUGCGCUUUUCUCUACACCGCCACGGGGUUCGGUCUCAUUGACAACGCGAAACACACCAAUUCGCUCAACGGAGAGAGUUUCGUCUUCGCUUCCGGAUUCGUUUGUCUUCUCCUCGGCUUCUCUUACGCCGCGGUUGUCUUGUUCUUCGCUUGGAAGGAGCUCUUCGGAGCCAUCCGCGAGUGUCGCUAUUGA